GCCGUCACGUGAUCGCAGUCUGGGCCCGGCUGUGGGCGCGUCGCUUCCUCCGGGUCCCGGACGUGCCCGCGCUUUGGCCUCUCGGUCUCGGGUGGGCGCGAUGGAGGAGGAGGAGGAAGAAGCGCGAGCGCUGCUGGCGGGCGGCGCGGCCCGGGACGGCGGGAACAGCCCCGCGGCCCCGCGGCCGCUGCCGGCCCUCUGCGACCCCGGCCGCCUGGCGCACCGGCUGGUGGUGCUGCUGCUGAUGUGCUUCCUGGGCUUCGGCAGCUAUUUUUGCUAUGAUAAUCCUGCUGCCCUUCAGACUCAGAUUAAACAGGACAUGCAGGUGAAUACCACGAAGUUCAUGCUGCUGUACGCCUGGUAUUCCUGGCCCAAUGUAGUGUUGUGUUUCCUUGGUGGCUUUUUGAUAGACCGAAUAUUUGGAAUACGAUGGGGCACAAUUAUUUUUAGCUGCUUUGUUUGCCUUGGACAGGUUGUUUUUGCUCUGGGUGGAAUAUUUAAUGCUUUUUGGCUAAUGGAAUUUGGGAGGUUUGUGUUUGGGAUUGGUGGGGAGUCCUUAGCAGUUGCCCAGAAUACAUAUGCUGUGAGUUGGUUUAAAGGCAAAGAACUAAAUCUGGUGUUUGGUCUCCAGCUUAGCAUGGCUAGAAUUGGAAGUACGGUGAACAUGAACCUCAUGGGAUGGUUGUAUUCUAAGAUGGAAGCUUCGCUGGGCUCUGCCGGUCACACAACCCUGGGGGUCACACUUAUGAUUGGGGGCAUAACGUGUAUUCUUUCACUCAUCUGUGCCUUGGCCCUUGCUUACUUGGAUCAGAGAGCAGAGAGAAUCCUUCAUAAAGAACAAGGAAAAACAGGUGAAGUUAUUAAGUUAACUGACGUGAAGGACUUCUCCUUACCCUUGUGGCUCAUAUUUAUCAUCUGUGUCUGCUAUUAUGUUGCUGUGUUCCCUUUCAUUGGCCUUGGGAAAGUUUUCUUUACAGAGAAAUUUGGAUUUUCUUCCCAGACAGCAAGUGCAAUUAACAGUGUUGUGUAUGUCAUAUCAGCUCCCAUGUCCCCAGUAUUUGGGCUCCUGGUGGAUAAAACAGGGAAGAACGUCAUCUGGGUUCUGUGCGCAGUGGUGACCACGCUUGUGUCCCACAUGAUGCUGGCCUUCACGAUGUGGAACCCUUGGAUUGCUAUGUGUCUCCUGGGACUGUCCUACUCACUGCUCGCCUGUGCCUUGUGGCCGAUGGUGGCAUUUGUAGUUCCUGAACAUCAGCUGGGAACUGCAUAUGGCUUCAUGCAGUCCAUUCAGAAUCUGGGGCUGGCCAUCAUUUCCAUCGUUGCCGGGAUGAUACUGGAUACUCGAGGAUAUUUGUUUUUAGAGGUUUUCUUCAUUGCCUGUGUUUCUUUGUCAUUUUUGUCUGUGGUCUUACUCUAUUUGGUGGACCGUGCCCAAGGUGGAAACUUAAAUUAUUCUGCAAAACAAAGGGAAGAAAUGAAACUUUCCCACACUGAAUGAGAAGUUUCAACGACUGUGUCAUGAGAAUGGGUGUCACAUGCCAUCGAUGGGAAAAACCUCCAUUUUUAGGUUGCUGUGAGCUGUGCCGCCAAAGCACUCUACUGAGGGUGACAAAGUGAGACUCUGUCUCUUAAAAAAAAAAAAAACAAAAAACCUCCUUUUUUUUUUUAAAUUUAGCGUUUAGUCAUCAGGAAAAAUAAUAGACUAGAAAGUGUAUCCGUAUUUCAGAUAUUGCUGUGCCAGCCUGUGUUUGUGAGGUCUGUUUUAGCCUGUGUCUUUUGUAUCAUGUGCUGCUGAAGAAUUCUACUUUAGAAUAGGAUAAUCAACAAUGAAAUGUCAAUAAAAUUGCUCUGGAACAUUCCAGUGAACUUCAGGAGGGACAGUAAAGAAGGGAAAACAUCGGACCUUCUGUUGAGAUACUUUUCUCUAAGUAUGUCUCAGGGAUAUGGCCUUUUCUUUAUCUUAGAGCAGAAAACAAACUUUUUGAGGUGGAUGGAACGGUGUUUCCUACAGAAUAAACAGUACACUGCGAUGGGCGCUUCUUUUUGGACAGGGAACAAUGCUAGGGAUACAGGACUGGCCCUUCCCACUCGUGACUCGCAGCUUGUCUCCUUUCUCUGCAGUCAGGAGGGCUGCUGAGAGGGGACCCUUUUGAGUUUCUUAUUUCUAUGUUACUAAGGAACCUAAUCAUGUUUUGGGGACAUAAUUUUGUCAUACAAACUUUCUGUACAGAUUUUUAUAGUCUAAUUAACUUUUGAAGAAGUGUCCUUCAAAUUAUGUUAAUUGUCUAUUUACAUGGAUGAAUAAAAACACUGGGCUGGGCAAGGUGGCUCAUACCUGCAAUCCUAGCACUUUGGGAGGCUGAGGUGGGAGGAUCGCCUGAGCCCAGGAGUUCAAGACCAGCCUGAGCAACAUCAUGAGACCCCCAUCUCUACAAAAUAGGAAAAAAUUAGCUGGGUGUGGUGGUACAUACCUGUAUCCUAGCUACACAGGAGGCUAGGGCUAGUUGCUUGAGCCCAGAAGUUUGAGGUUGCCCUGAGCUGUGAUGAUGCCACUGCACUCCAGCCAGGGCAAUAAAAUGAAACAAAAACAAAACAAAAAACACUGCAAAAGGAAUACUUGAUGUUUUCUGACUUUGGACUUUUAAAAAAAUAUUGCUGAAACAUUGAUUUUAACUUUUAUUCAUGUGGAAAAUUAUGUAAAGAAAACCCAUGUUGGCAUAAGGAAAACUUACCUGAUUAUGGUCAUUGAAAAGAUGAUGGGAUUAGCCUAUUCUUCAGAGUAGGCAUUUAACAUUUAUGCUUUUUUGUGUUAAAUAAGAUAUGAAUAUGGAGCUUCUCUGACAAACCUGAAACACUUUUCAGUGGCUCAGCCUUAGCAUGUUACUUAUUAAGGGCUAGGAAUUCUUCAUGUGUUUUGCUGUCUGUGGGCGUGCAGAUAGUCCAGGCAGCAGACACUAAACAACGAAUUCAGCCAAUUCUGUUGUUUAAAGUAUGAGGCAUAGCAUUGUUUGCUUAAAUAUUCUGGAGCAGAUUGACAAUUCAUUCCCUGUGUGCAGGGUCACUUGGUUACAUCCAUUCUGUGAUUUAAGGUGCCUUGUGUCAUUAUUCAGUUGUUAGCUCUCAAAGCUCCCUGCUCAGCUGACGGUUCUAGCACGUGACUGGAGUGUCGCUCUGGCCACUGCGGAGAGCACAGGCAGUUCCUGCUGCUGCCCCUCUUGGGGGGCUAUGUCCACACCAUUCCCUUUGCUUUGGAUGCAGGGCUCUCCACAGCCAAGUUUCCCCUGAGGGACAACAGAAAGCCCUAGUGCCUGUCCCAGACCGUGUUUCCUCAUGAACCCUCUUCCAGACUCUUCAAACUGUGGCCGGUUCUCCUAACAUUCCCAUGGGUUUGAGCUGUUUCUUCUCGGCUUACCUCAGCUUGUAAGGGACUUGUAGUGUGUGGGUGUGGGCGUCUGUGUCUUCCUUAGGUUGGAUGCUCUUUGAGGGCAGGGACAGUGUCUGUGGCGUUACUGAUGAUUGUGUUCAUAGUGCCUAGCCAAAAGUGGGCACAAAAUAAAUAUUUUUUGAAUGGUACAUAAAUAAAAAGAGUGAAUUGAAAUAAGCUUUUUGGAGGAUAAAUUGGCAAUAUGAAUAAAAAGACCUAAUAUAAGUAAAAUGUUACUGUUUUGUUUCCUGUGGAGAUAAUAAAACAAUUAGUGCUUUAUCUAGCGUAGCUGGCUGAAAUUGCUUUCAUAUUAUUCAUACUUAGAAAAGCAUAAUUCACAUUAUAUAACGAAAAUUUCAUUCUAUAACAUUUUAGAUAUAUUGUCAAAUUUGGGAAAACCCUUUAUAAAAAACCGUCUUAAGUAUAUGAGAUGUACAAGGUGGAAGCCCUGUGCACAGACUGACUCUGGGCCCUCUAAACGCGGAACCUGCUUUGUGUUCCAGCACACACAGACUUCAGCGGGUGGAACGCUGUCGGACUGAGCACCUUCAUUGUAAAGUUGAAUGUAUGCACAGUAGUGGAGUUAUUUCUAGAAGCCAUUCCUACCCUGGAAUCGCUGACUGUGUAUUGAUAUAAUUUUGAGUGGGGUGGUGGUGUCUGCAUGCCUUUUGGCUUAACCAUUCCAUUUGUAACAAUCUGUCCUGAGGAAACUAUCAGACAAAUGUACACAUGAACAUGUUUUAAGGCAGUAUCUUCAUUGCCAGAUUUUAAAACAGUAUAAUAUAGAAAACUGCUCAAAUUUAUAAUAAGACUGGGAGAUUAGUUAAGUAUAUCACAUGCCCGAAGUGAAAUACGAAGUAGUCAUUAUGUGGUUUUGUUAGAGAACAUAUUGACAGGGAAUGAUAUUGAUGGCAUUUUUAUUUGGAAAAUUGAAAGUGCUGCCAUUUUUGUAAAGCAAAGGCAAGAAUGUUUUUGAAGGAUGUGUUAUCAAUGUCCCUGAGUGAUGACUUUUAAUUUUUCCACAACAAAUAUUUACUGUGUAAUAAAAGUUUUUAAAAAUUUGCAAGGAACAUAAUUCAGU